GGCAUUUAGCAGACCCCCUUACCCAGAGUGACUUAUAUUUUGUUUCAACUUAUACAACUGACCAAUUGUGUCCACAAAAGCUUGAUGGACCUGGGAUUUGAACCCAUGACCUUCUGAUCAGUAGUCCAACACCUUAACCACUGAGCUACCACAUCCCACAUUCGCAUUGCUGCUCUCUGCGUAACUAAAAUGUGGGCAAUGAAUGAGGUGUUUAAACGUCGCUUCCCCUUUAAAAAAGGGGAGGAGACCGAAAGAAACUCUGGGUUUACCGAAGAAAACCUGCUCCCGACCAGGAUGAUGGAGCUGCGGCGCGGAGUUUCGUGGUUUCUCCGUGUCAAGCCACCCUUUCAUCGCCAUGUGUGUGUUUGCUCUUCGUCCAGCCCCAGAGCUGUCAUAUUUGACAUGUUUGGAGUUUUGAUCCCUUCCCCGAUCCCUAAAGCGACAGAAUGGGAAAAUGAGAAUGGAGUCCCUGCUGGCACUAUAGGACAAGCUAUAAAGACAGGGGGCAAUAACAACUCCUGGAGCAAAUACAUGAGAGGAGAGCUGGGGCCGGAGGAGUUUUUGGAAGCCUUUAGUCGGGACUGCAGUCAAAUUGCAGGCUUUAAGGUCCAUGUCGGCCUUUUGCAUUCGGCGCUGACUGGAGACUCCAUGUCACAGCCUGUGACUGCUAUGAUAGAUGCUGUGCAGCGUGCUCGUGCUGAGGGGUUCAAGACUGCUGUUCUUAGCAACAAUUUUCUGAUGCCUGGAGGAAAGUCCUACCUCCCUCUCAAUACCUCUCUCUUUGACGUUAUUGUAGAGUCCUGCAGAGUGGGUUUAUGUAAGCCAGAUCUCAGGAUCUAUCUGCUCUGUGCUGAAAGACUGGGAGUCUCACCACAUGAAGCGGUGUUCCUGGAUGACUUGAGUUUCAAUGUGGAGGCUGCAGUACAAUUAGGAAUGCAUGGUAUCACAGUUAGAGAUCCUGUAUUGGCUGUAAAGGAGCUAGAGCAAGUCCUGAAGAUACCGUUGUCUGUGUAUAGUCCUGGAACCCUGUCUGUAAGCCAGAAUCAGCAGCUUACCCAGUAUCUCAAGAAAGCUACUCAGCUGCCACUUACAGAAAACAUUAUUAUGCGACACCUGAGCCAGAGUUACUUGACUGAUUCCACAUACCUGUUGACCUGUGGACAGCAUCAAUUUGUCCUGAAGAAGAAACCAAGCUCUGAAGCUCUGCAGAAGGAAUGCAGGCUUCUUAACGUCCUUAGAGAGGCCAAAUUACCUGUACCAAGUGUUAUUUACCAGGAUGAGAUGUCCAGCAAUGUCCUAGGAACCCCAUUUUACCUGACCUUUUACUGUCCAGGUCGAGUGUUUAUUGACCACUCUAUACCAGGAGAGGAUUCUCGUGGGAAGAGAUGUGUAUAUGAGACUAUGAUAAAAACUCUCUGUCAGAUACACAGAAUAGACCUGGAAACCACAAGUCUAGAGAACCAUAGGGAUCAGGUUUGUAUUUUAGGUCAGCUCAUGGAAUCUGAAGUAAAGAAGUGGGCACAGAAGUUCAAGGCAAAUGAGAUUCAGCCCAUUCCUGCCAUGGAUCGACUGAUAGACUGGCUAUUGUUGCAUCUCCCUAAAUACCAGAAAACCACAUUACUCCAUGGAAACUUCAGCCUGAACAAUCUGGUGUUUGACUCAGAGAACCCUGAUGUGAGGGCAGUACUGGGCUGGAGUCUUUCUACUGUAGGAGACCCGCUUGUGGAUGUGGCUACCUGUUGUAUGUCCCACUUCCUCCCUGCUACUGCAUCUACACAACCAGUGACGCUUCCCUUGGAAAUCUCCCUGAUGGGGGCACACAAGGGGGAACAUUGAUUGGUCUCAUGGGAGAAGGAAGGGAAGUUUUCUCCUCUCAGCUGGCAAUCUGAGAAUUCGACGUGUAGUGAGGAGUACUCUGGCAGGGGAAACUUUGGCCCUGUCAGAUGGAAUAGAUAAUGCUGUGUUUCUGGCUACCCUAUUUUCUGAGCUCACCACUGGAAAUGCUGAGAUGAAUGCUCCUGCCUUGAUCUGUGUUAUGGACAAUCACUCUCUGUUUGAUGCGCUUAAGUCAACAAAACAGGUCUCUGAGAAAUGACUUCGACUGGACAUCAGCAGUAUAAAGGAGCUCUUACAGAGCAAAAGGAAAAAGAAAAUACUCUGGUCCGAUACAAAAACUCAACUCGCUGACUGUCUUACUAAAAAGGGAGCAUCUGCUCUGGUGUUAUUGAAAGCACUCAGUGAAGGACUGUAGAUAUUAAGCUUAAAAAGGGUAAAUUUGAAAAGAUUGAACACUUCCAAUUGUGUGUGUAGCAACUGUUCUGUUUACGGUAAUUUUGGACUUUGUUAUACAAGUUUUUUAUUUAUAACUUUAAAAAAAAGUUUUUAUUUCUUUAAGUAAAGGGAGAUGCAUGUUAACAUGUUAUUCCUCCCCUACUCUGUUCAUUACAGCAUAAGGUGCUUCUAUUCUGUUAAAUACGGUACGGUGUGCCGGAGGUUUGGAGCGCAUGUGCAGCGCGGGUUGUUCAGUGUGUGUGAGUGACGGUGAUGCCUGACACUGGAAUAAAGUUGUGCAGACAAUAAACGUCACGUUUAUUUCAAGUAACAAACGGCAUGUGCCAAAUGUUCUAAAUGUAAAUGGUGUCUUAAAAAUAAGAAUUGAGUUAAAUAAUAAAACAAAAGGGGUAUCUUUAACAUAUACAGUGUGUGCAAGCUGUAAUGCUGCAAAGUAUAUACUUUUUGGCCCAUCUUUAUUCUGUCCAGUUUUAUCUACAAUCACUCUCUCACUCACUCAUUUUCUACCGCUUAUCCGAACUACCUCGGGUCACGGUGAGCCUGUGCCUAUCUCAGGCGUCAUCGGGCAUCAAGGCAGGAUACACCCUGGACAGAGUGCCAACCCAUCGCAGGGCACACACACACUCUCAUUCACUCACGCAAUCACACACUACGGACAACACAUGAUGCCAAUCAAACUUACCAUGCAUGUCUUUGGACCGGGGGAGGAAACCGGAGGAAACCCCCGAGACAUGCAAACUCCACACACACAAGGUGGAGGCGGGAAUCGAACCCCCAACCCUGGAGGUGUGAGGCAAACGUGCUAACCACUAAGCCACCGUGCCCCCUAUCUAUCAAUCAAGUUAAAUACAUUGACAUAAAUGUCUGUGGUCAAUUCCUGAAUAAGUACAUUUUUAUAUGAAGAAAUGUCAAAUUAUCCUGAAAACUACAUAGACUGUAUAAUGAUUAUUGCAGCUCAAUUUAAGAGAUAUGAGGUAUAUUACACAACAGAAAGUACUAAAUUUACACAACAAUAUCAUGAUGGUUGGCCAGAGAGUAUAAUGAAUAUAAAACUAAGCAAACAGGGUGUUCAAAUUACUUAUCAUUACAUGCACCAG